AAAAAAAAAAAAAAAGAAAUUUUUUAGGACCUAAAAUGUCAGGUGAAAAUUAUAAUGGCUAAGGUACAACAUGAUGAUAGUCCAGGGACCACUCAUAAAUUUUACCCAAUCAAUUUGAAAUCCUCAGCUCGUUCCACUAAUCCUUCUCUCCGAUUAUUUUUCAAACAGUAGUUGGUGUGGUCCAAAAACACACUCCGUCUCUCUCUCUUCCUCGGCUCUCGCACCCUUCAAAGAAGCAUUGUUGUUUUUCCUCUCUCUCUCUCUCUCUCUUUUUUCUUUUUCUUUUUUUAUUUUUUGUGUUUUUGGUUUCUAUAUAUAAAUACUAUAUAUCACCUAAUCCACACCUUUUGGUCCUCUAUACCUUCCCCCUCUCCCCGAAUCUCUCUCCCUUUUCCUUGUGGAUUUGAAAACCCCAGAAAAAAAAAAAAAAGAAAAGAAAAAAUGGGCCUUUGUUUUAGCAAGAAGAAGAAGAGCCCUCCUCCUCCUAAUUCACCUUCUUCUUCUAAACCCAUUGCUGUUGAGAAGAAGAUAGACGAUAAGAAGAAGAAGCAGCAGCAGCAGCAGCAGCAGCAGGAGAUGAAACCCACCACAAUCCCAUCAUCCAAAUCACUUUCAGGAAAAGCCGCAGCCACAGUUGCCGCGGCGGCGGAGAAGAAGCCGCCGGUGUUCGUGAUCACGCAGAGCAUCAAAAACUCGCCAUCGGCGGCGACGGCGGCAGCUGCUGAAGAGAAAGAGAAGAAGAAGAAGACGAACCAGCCGGAAGCUGAGCGCAACUGCAGCACUAUUUCGGCGACCGCCGCGGCCGACGAAGCGCCGCCGGUCGCGGUCCGGACUUCGAGCUGCUCGAAAGAGGAAGUCGACGCGAUCUUGAUCCAGUGCGGCCGCCUCAGCCGCAGCUCCUCCGGGAAAUUGCCGUCGGCCGACACCGCCGGACACAGGCGGUAUUCGGGGUCGAAGCGGAGCUUCGACUUCGACCACGAGAAGAAAUUAGGGCCGGAGGAAUUGGAUGACGCGGGGGAGCCGGACAAGCGCCUCUCGCGGCCCUCCCCGCGACGCCGAACCCCCGGAAGGGAUCGGUCGGGCAGCCGGGAGAGAGCUACGGGGGGCGGCGGCGGCAGCGGCAGCAGACGGGUGAGCCGAUCUCCGUCCCGCAGAUCAGACUGCCCGGCUUCGUCUGCGUCGGCCGGGGAGAGGCCGAAGCAGCCUCAGCAGCAGCCGGCGAAGUUGGUGUCGGUCCCCGCGAGGGAAAAGGAAGCCGGCGUGAAAAGAGCCUCCCCUGUGAAGCCAAAGAGAUGCGCGUCCCCGCGGUCGCAGUCUCCGGCGAAUUCCGCCAGAAUAGGAAACGAGAAUGUGGGGCUCAAUCGCGCGCCGCAGCUGCCGGCGCAGCCUCAGUCGCUGAGCCGGAGCUCGUCGCGCAAGGCGGAGCAAUCGCCGUAUCGGAGGAAUCCGAUGGCCGAGAUUGACGAGAACUCCCUGAGAGCAAACAACUGCAAGGUGUCGAAAUCCCCCCGAAAGGGGGAUGAUGGAGUGAGGAAGCUCAAUCAAACAGAGUCCCAGAAAUCGAGCGAAAACAACACGGUUCCGCUGCGCAAAUCGGAGAUAGUCGAAGAAGCAUUAGAGGUGAAAGGAUCAUCCAAGAGCAAUGCCGAGGCCCACUCGACGACGAACGUAACUUUCGAGACCCUCAACCCAAGAGCGGUGACGCAGAACAGAUCGUCGAGACGAUCCUCGCGGGACUUUGAUCAGAACCUCGGCUACACUUCUUUGCUGCUCGAAGACAUACAGAAUUACCACCACCAUCACAACAACACCGCCUUCUCCCUCCCUGCUUGCGUGUCGAAGGCCUGCUCGAUCCUCGAAGCCGUGGCCGACCUCAACUCGUCAUCCUCCGAGAACGAUAAGGGCUCUUUCAACGGCAGGUUCGGAAAGAGGGGUUCGGUGCCGAGGGAGCCGAUUUUCGAGUCGGAGAUCGUAGUGAAGGAUGAUUUGAUGGAGCCGAGCCUUCACAAGUAUGUGUCGGUGAGGGACUUGGGGGGAGGAGGAGGAGGAGGAGGGGAGAUGGAGCCGCAAGAAUCCGCGGGGAGCAACAGCUUCUUGUUGGGGCAGCCGUGGGCGGCUUCGUCGUGGGAGCCAAACUCGGUAGAUUCGACCGAUCAGUACUCGGCUUCGCAAUCGAUAAACGGAGAGGAGGAGGUGGAGCAAGAGAACAGAGUAAAUGGCGGUGGUAGGAGAUCGAGGGGAGGGUCGAAUGGCAGUAACAUCGUCGCGGUUAACACGGGCGGAAAGAAAAGAGAGAUUGGUGGUGAUCAGCAGCAGCAGCAGCGGCGGGUUUAUCGCGGGGGUAGCAGUGUUAGUGCGUCGGCGAGUGCGAGGUCCGGGACGAGAGCUCUUUCGGUUCCUGGUACUGCUGCUGCUCAAAGCUCAUAGCAGCAGAAUAUGAUCUUAGAUUUUUCUAGGAUUUGGCAUGCAUGCAUGUUUGUUUUGGUUCCACAGCAACAAAGUUUGUUGUUUACAAAAGACUCUCUCUGCUUUUCUUUUUUCUUUUUUUGUUUUGUUUCGUUUUGUUAUUUUUUACCCUCCUCUAUACAUUGUUCAGAUGUAGUCAUGGUAAUGACAGUGGCAAUGUAUACACCUUCCAAUUUUCUUUAUCUUGUGUUUGAUAUUCAUUACUAGCAAAACAGCAUCCUUUUGGACAGGUUUUCUUU